ACACGGGGGUGAACUGCAACUGAGAGUUUAUUAACAGAAAAACCUAAUAUUUUUUAUCGAACCAAUCCGAGGAUCGAAUCCAAGAUCUAGGGAUAAGCUGUUAUUACCUUCAACCCGUAUUAAUAUUAAAUGACAACAUUUUUUAAGCAAUUAAAAUAUAUAAUAGUUUAAUAAAUAUAUGUUUCUGAUUACAAAUAGUACCUUAUACAAUUCCAAUAAAUUUGGUAUAAUAAAACAUUCCUAUAAUAAAAACAGUAAUUAAAUAUUGAAACAAUCGAAAUUAUAGGUAAUCAUAUUCGUAUCAGUUCACGCAAUCCAUUAACUAAUAUUAAUUUGAUGAAUGUUAUAAAUUCCGUCACUUCAUUAGAACCAUUUCAGUACAUUACAUACAUCCAACAUUUAUUCAUAACGAACAUUCGAAGAUGCUCUAUAAAAGUGAUAUUGCUGUCCAUCCAUCUUUAAAUUUAAAACCAUUCGUUGUUAAUAGAAAUACAUUCGUAACUAUAAAUAAUAAAAGGAUAAAUAAUACUAUUAAUCCAUAUUCGUUAGCGUAUACCCUGAAGCCUCUUUCAUAUUUAUCGAUGUUAUUUGGAAUGUGUUAUUUUGAAUACAGCAAAACUGGUAUCAAAAAAGUUAAUAAAUUUAACAAAAUUUAUGGCCUACUUAUUAUCAUAUUGUACUUAUCUUUGUUUGUUAUAAUGGACAGAAUCGAAUUAAAAGAAUCGGAAUCAGAAUUGCCUUUGAAGAAUUUAUCAAAAACCUUUGGAGUGACUCAAACCUUUGAAGUCAUACAUAGCAUAUUUGUUGUGAACUUUGUAAACAGCAUUUAUUACUUAAGAUUGCUUAAAACAAUGGACAGUAUUGAUGACCUUUACAAAACAAAUAAAAAACUUUUUUUCAAACGCCGUAUAUUCGUUACUGUCUUGACCGUAUUGCCUUUUGUCUUUUUUUCUUGUAAAUAUAUGAUUAAAAAUUACCAACCAUGGAGUUUAAUACCCGCCAUCUCAUUUAUACUUCAAAUGCUUCAAGGCGUAAAUUGUUUCUUUUUUAUAAUCGUGAUAUAUGCACUAUUUUUAAAUUUUAAUACGAUACUGUUAAAGAAAGCUGGGAAAAUAUCAACAUCAAAAGAACUUACCUUCAAAGAUAGUAUGUUUGCGAAAGUUGUUAAUGUAAGUCGUAGGAUAUUUAAUUAAAAUUUACAAAAACGAUUAUUAUAAAUCUUUUCAAUGAAGUCUGACGAUUUUUUAUUUUCACUUUUUUGGUUUUAACAACUUCUCUUGUUUUUUCAGAAAAUGAUCAGUCAUCCGGUUCAAACCGAAUCCCAUAAUGGCUAUUGUUGGUUUGAACUCAUGCAAAUAUAUGAUAAAAUCUCUGAAUGUAUUUAUCUUUUCAACAAAAUAUACGCGAAUCAGAUGAUGUUGAUGUUCAGCACAUGGCUUUUAUCCACUAUACUUCUGUUUUUCAGGUUUUUAUCUCCGACAUUACAGUACAUCGGUUCUGUUCAAGCGGAUGUCUAUUAUUACUCUUUCAUAAAUUUUCGACCAAUGUUUAUGACUGGUAUGGGCGAAAAACUUAUGGACGAAAGAAGAAAAUCACGAAUGAUUAUAGAACAUAUUUUAAUUUACCAUGAUUUGAAUCCAGAAUACCGAGAACAGAUAAAAAUUAUGGUUAAUUUAUUAGAAACCAGAAAAACUCAAUUGUCAGCAAGUAUAGGUCCAGUUAAUUUAGAAGGUUUAGUCGGAUUUGCGGGCCUUAUCCUUUCUUUCACGGUUGUAAUGAUACAGACAUUCUACACAAAUUAAAAAUAAUAUACUAAGUGUUUUUUUUUAAUUCAUAUUGGUUUCAAGAUCAAAAUUGUCCUAUCUUUAUUGUUGCAAUCAAUCCAAGAUCCUAAACGUUUGAAAGGAAACAUCAUAAAGAGAUAAUCUGGAAUAAGAAAUGAAUAUUGACGCCAUUUUCUUCCGCCAUAUGUAUCUAUGUAUCACCGAAAGCCAGAGCCGUCUCAAGAUAUGGUGGCCAUUGGGCACCCAUGAAUUUGGGCGCCUUUUGCUAGAUAUUUUUUGGUUUAAUUUGGUAAAUUGUUGGUUCUUCGGGGCCCUCUCAGGAUGGGGGCCCUGGGCACGUGCCCCAUGAGCCCUAAGGUAAAGACGGUAAUGCCGAAAGCGCAGUAUCCACAUUUCCUGAGACGAACAUUCUAUGAAAUAAAUGUGUUCCUUUACUAUAAUAAUUAUUAUAAAAUAAGUGUAUCGAAUUGAAUCAAAGUAUU